GCCACAUAGAUUUCUUGUUGCAAUGACAUAAAUUUCAGUGCAUAAUAAUUAAUAAUUAUUCAUCAUUUACUUAUUGUAUUAUUUUUAACGGGUUGUGUACAGUCAGCACCACUUGUAGGCGUGUUCUAUUGGAUAAACUGGUAGACAGCAAACGGAAGACAUGAAGCUAGACACGAUACUAAAGACGGUGCAGUCGCACGAGUCGCUACGGUCCCCGCCGCCCGCCGAGCCCCUCGCUCUCAAGAAGAGAAAGAAGCCACGGGACAAAUUCGCACACGUCCGCUGUAAGGUGGACACGACAGCGCCACUGCUGCGACUCGCGCCACCGCUGGCGGUGCGCGGCACGGCGGCCGCGCUCCAACUACACAAAGAAAACAUGAUGCUUCUGCGCAUGAUCAAGAAUAACCACUUCACCCGGGGUCGUGUGGAUAGCCGAUGGCGCGUCCUGCCGCCCGGUAGCCCUCAAUACCACGCAACCAGGGUCCAAUUCAGCGAGAGGACGCACGCGGAGAACAAACUCUUGUACAAGAUAUUCACAACUGCGCCCCCGCGCCUGACGCCGACGGCGGAGCUAGAGCAGUGGUGGUCGCGCAUAGUGCGCGAGCGCGAGCGCCGCGGCGGGUGGCUGCUGGCGCCGCCCGCGCCGCCGCUCGACCCCGCCUUCCACGCGCCGGAGGGAAUCAUACGACCAAGGGUGUCGCUAUCGCUGCGUAUCCGCGGCGGCGCGGCGCUGGGCGAGCUAAAGUUGGAGCUGUUCUCGGAGACGUGCGCGCGCACGGCGGCCAUCUUUACUGCGCUGCUGCCCGCCUAUGUUGGCUCCGCAUUCCACAGGAAGGUGCCCGGGCUGUUCUGGACCGGCGGCGCCGUGUGCCGCGCCUGCGCCUUCCCGCCAGAGAACUUCCACUUUGCUCACAGCGCGCCUGGUUUGGUGACGAUGCAGGUGUCACCCGACGACGAGAUAUGCGGUAUCUUCAGCGUCAUCUUUAAGCCGCUGCACCAGUUCGACCUCCGCAGCGUCGUGUUCGGUCGGGUGGUGCUCCCGUCCCGCACGUUUGAGGCCAUGCGCGCUCUCGGCUCCGCGCUCAGCUCGCAGCCCGUCGUCGAGAUAACCGCCGCGACGCUGUUGCCACGCCGUCGACCAACCAAAUAAUUUAUAGCCGUAAACAGUAACCUACCUAGUUUGUGAUUAUUAAUGAAUGUACCCUUGAGAAAGACUUUUAGGAGGAUUAAAUCAA